GGGUGAGGGGAGCUGCGGGGGAUGGGGGAUUGAUCAUGGUGCGGCUGCUGGGAUUGAACCGCUUCGGUCUCGACGACUCCCCGCGUGAGAUCACACGGACGAGCCCCGUCGUCGCCGGCGGCGAGGGCAGCGGGGAGAAUGGGUGGUUGAUCCGGUUCUUCGACUCGGCCUUCUUCUGCGAGUGGAUCGCGGUGAGCUACCUCUACAAGCAUGACCACCCUGGGGUGCGCGACUACCUCUGCAACCGGAUGUACACGCUGCCGCUCUCCGGCAUCGAGAGCUACCUCUUCCAGAUCUGCUACAUGCUCGUCCACAAGCCGAGCCCCUCGCUUGACAAGUUCGUCAUCGACACGUGCUCGAAAUCCCUCCGGAUCGCUCUCAAGGUGCACUGGUUUUUAAUGGCCGAGCUUGAAGACUCCGAUGACAACGAGGGCAUCAGCCGGCUCCAGGAGAAGUGCCAGAUCGCCGCCACCCUGAUGGGCGAGUGGCCGCCGCUGGUCCGUGUGCCUCCGGCGUCCGCCAGCGCCCCCUCCAGCCCCAAGAGCAAGCCGGUGCUCAACCGGAUACUCUCGUCCAAGCAGCGGCUGCUGUCCUUGGCCUCGUCCCCGUCAUUGGGAUCCAGCCCCCCGAUUGAGGAGAACAGCAAGAGCAAUAGCUGUGGAGAUGAGAACAGCAGGGCUUUGUCCUCUUCAGAGGAAAAUAAGCUGUUGAAGAAGCUGAUCCCGGGGCCAAAAGUACGGGAUGCGUUGUUCUUCAGGAAGUCCAUGGAGAAGGAGGCGGAGGAGUCGGAUAAAGAUGGGUUUUUCCGAAGGCUUCUCAGGGAAAGCAAGGAUAAGGAGGAGGAGGAUUCGGACAAGGAUGGGUUCUUUCGUAGGCUGCUCAGAGACAGCAAGGAUAAGGAGGAGGAGGAUUCGGACAAGGAUGGAUUCUUUCGGAGGCUGCUCAGUAUCCACAAGGAUGAAGAUGAGAAAUUGGGGGAGGAGGAUGAGAAGGACAGUUUUUUCCGUCGGAUUUUCAAGGACAAGAAUGAAGAGAAGAAAGAUGGUGGCAAUGAUAGAAACGAGGAGGAUAAGGCAAUGAGGAGUGUCGAGGAAGAUGAGAAAGAUGGUUUUUUCCGCCGGCUCUUCAAAGACAAGAUCGAAGACAAAAAAGAUAGUGGGCAAGAGAGGAAUGUGGAGAAAGAUAAGGAAAAUGAGAGUAUUGAGGAGGACGAAAAGGAAAAUUUUUUUCGCAGGCUUUUCAAAGACAAGAAUGAAGAGAAAAAAGAUGGUGGGAAUGAUAGGAAUGAGGAAGAAGGCAAAUAUAGCAGGAGUGUUGAGGAUGACAAUUUCUUCCGUAGGCUUUUCAAGGACAAGAAUGAAGAAAAGAAGGUUGUUUGGCACGAUAAGAAUGAAGAGGACAAGUGUAAUGGGGGUAUUGAGGAAAGUGAAAAAGAUGGCUUCUUCCGUAGGUUUUUUAAGGACAAGCAUGAGGAGAAGAAAAAUGAAGGGCAUAACAGGAACGAGGAAGUCAAUAACCAAAACGGGAGUUUUGAGGAAGAUGAUGAAGAAAAGAAGGUUGUUGGGCAUGAUAAGAAUGAAGAGGACAAGUGUAAUGGGAGCAUUGAGGAAAUUGAAAAGGAUGGCUUCUUCCGUAGGUUUUUUAAGGACAAGCAUGAGGAGAAGAAAAAUGAAGGCCACAAUAGGAAUGAGGAAACCAAUAAGCAAAAUGGGAGUUUUGAGGAAGAGAAUGCUUCAGAAUUUUUGUCAUUCCGUAGGUUGUUUAGAGUGCACCCUGAAGAUGUUAAGACAAGGGGUAGCAAUGAGAAUGGUCUUUCCAAUGGUUCGCUGGAGAGCAGCCCAGGGACAGAGAACUUCUUCCGGCGGCUUUUUCGGGAUAGAGACCGGUCUGUAGAAGAUUCUGAACUGUUUGGUUCAAAGAUACACAAGGAGAAGCGUCCUGGCUCACCAAGACAACAGAAUGAAAAACAUGGAAAGCCACCUCUCCCAAAUAAUGUGAUAGCAGAAAUUCGCAAGGGGUCUUAUCAUGCUUCAUUGGAGUUUGUUCUAUCACUGUGCGAAACAUCAUAUGGCCUAGUGGACAUUUUUCCUAUUGAAGAUCGGAAAAUUGCUCUUCGUGAGUCACUCAUGGAGAUCAAUUCACAUCUUGCUGCUGCUGAGAAAAAUGGAGGAGUUUGCUUUCCAAUGGGAAAGGGAAUGUACAGGGUGGUUCAUAUACCGGAGGAUGAAGCUGUUCUUCUGAAUUCUAGGGAGAAGGCACCUUACCUAAUAUGUGUUGAGGUUUUAAAAGGGGAAGCACCAAGUCAUACAAAAGUGUCAUCUGAUGCUCAAAAGCUCUCUAAAGGUGGGAUUCCUCUAGCAAAUGGAGAUGCACGAUUACCAAAGCCUCCUCCAUGGGCAUAUCCUUUAUGGAGGCAGUAUGACAUGCAUCAAAAUGUUACAGAUAGGAUGCUGAUGUCUACAUCACAGGCUAUUGACCAAGCAAUGGCUCAGUUAUGGGAGGCCAAAGUAAAAUUUGUCCAUGUCAGUUUUUCUAUUGAGAAGCAAUGCGGAGACUGCUCAAAGAAUAGUGAAGCGCCAGACUCUCGACACAGCAUCCCACAAGCUGUCAAUGUGCAAUAUCUGGCUAGUGAGCUAAGACCGGAUGUUGAUCACAACUUGGAACGGAUAAGUGUUAAUCUGAUAGCAGUUCCUGGGGUCAACAUGGAAGAUGUGGAUGAUCAGGAGCCAACACGUCGAAAAGACCAUCGCCGUGUUCCAAGCACCAUUGCCAUAGAGGAAGUAAAGGCUGCUGCAGCAAAAGGACGGGCUCCACCUGGGCUACCUUUGAAAGGAGCUGGACAGGAUUCUGAGGAUGCAAAACCAGAGGUGUCGAAUGGUGGAAUUCCUAAACCCACUGAUGCUUUGUCUGGUGAACUUUGGGAGGUAAAGAAGGAAAGGAUACGGAGGUCAUCAGUGUAUGGGAAAUUACCUGGUUGGGACUUAUGUUCUAUGAUUGUGAAGAGCGGUGAUGAUUGCAGACAAGAGCAUCUGGCUGUGCAGCUUGUUUCACAUUUCUAUGAUAUAUACCAAGAAGCUGGCCUACCACUUUGGUUACGUCCUUAUGAGGUUCUUGUUACAUCUUCUUAUACAGCCCUAAUUGAGACUAUUCCUGAUACGGCUUCAAUUCAUUCCAUAAAAAGUAGGUUUCCUAAUAUCUCAAGCUUGCGUGAUUAUUUCAUAGCCAAAUAUGAAGAAAAUUCUCCAAAUUUUAAAAUUGCCCAGAGAAACUUCGUGGAGAGCAUGGCUGGAUAUUCCAUAUUAUGUUACCUUCUUCAGGUUAAGGAUCGACACAAUGGAAAUCUCUUAAUGGACGAAGAAGGACAUAUCAUUCAUAUCGAUUUUGGUUUCAUGCUAUCUAAUUCUCCUGGGGGUGUAAAUUUUGAGAGCGCCCCAUUUAAGUUGACUCGAGAGCUUCUUGAGGUGAUGGAUUCUGAUGCAGAAGGAACUCCUAGUGAAUUCUUUGACUACUUCAAGGUGCUAUGCAUUCAAGGUUUUCUUACAUGUCGCAAGCAUGCGGAGCACAUCAUACUUCUUGUUGAAAUGCUGCAGGACUCUGGCUUCCCCUGCUUUAAAGGUGGUCCUCGUACCAUACAGAACUUGAGGAAACGGUUCCAUUUGAGCCUUACAGAAGAGCAAUGUGUCUCGUUGGUGCUCUCCUUGAUAAGUAGCAGCUUAGAUGCAUGGAGGACACGACAGUAUGAUUACUACCAGCGAGUACUGAAUGGGAUUUUGUGAGGUGCUCUCAUUUAUUACAGGUUCUUCUUUCUGAUUUGCUUUUUUCUCCAUAAAAGGCAAAUCUACGAAAGCAUGUUAGGCCAAAGGAAGUUUGGUUUCUAUAGAGAGGGGUUUUUGGAGCCUGACCGAGUGGCUUAACGUCAAUAGCUCAGCACCUCUGACACUUUGGUCUUGUGUGGUGACUUGAAUGAAAGUUGCAUUGCAAGUCUCGUGGGAGAAGUUGUUUAAUCUUUGGCAGAUUCUAGAAGGAAGCAUACAAGACUAAAUUGCAAGUGGUGACAUUGUUUCGGUGAUCUGUAACUGAGAGCUGCAUUCCCACAUUGUUGUAGAUAUAAAGGUUAGCAUAUAUGAAAAAUGCAAAAGAAAAGAGAUUUAGUUGUCAGUGACUGUACAGAAGAGGUUAAUUUGAUGUCGGCUGGACAAAAGAGGGCCAUGAAGACAGCAUCUGUACAAGGAACCCAGUUGAUUCUUGUCUGAAAUGUAAAAGUUUUCCCUGAUCAUAGCUGUGAUUUGUGAACAAACAUAACUUUGAGGUUAUGAGAUACCUGAAAACAUUUGUGCAUUCAAUUCUCGGCUGAAAUGUAACGAAGCACUUGGUGAUUUUGGAGGAAAAAAAAGCUGCAACUGUUUCCUGUCUGUGCU